GUAGAACAGGCGAAACCACGUAGUGUUUUCAUUCUAACGCAGCUUGUCGAAUGGUAAACAAGGCUGAACGUAACGCUGUAGCUGCGGGUUUAUUUUACAUGUGUUCGAUAUUUUCGCUGAGUUUGUGAUACAAGAUUCCUGAAAGGAUGUCAACGCACGCAGAGAAACUUGCGAACUUCGGCAAACAGCGGAAGAUCAGUGAUUCCACCGAAUUCAAGCAGCUUACCAAGCAGGAUGCCAAGAACGAACUUGCCAAAGAACUCGAGAAGAUUCUCAAUACAGCGCCCUCUACUGUUGAGAAACAGAGGACGGCGGAGGAGUUCAAGGGUUUCCAGCGGCUUUUCUCGCAGUUCUUGCAGGGCACAAGCAGCACGGUGCAAUGGGAGAAGGUCGAACCUCUGCCGGAAGGAGCAGUGAUUGGUUAUAAAAGUUUGACAAGUCCUGAUACGAAAAAGAUCAGGGAUAUGCUGAGCAAACUAGUUGUGGUCAAGUUGAACGGUGGUCUGGGAACUACAAUGGGCUGCACUGGACCCAAGUCCAUCAUCCCUGUCCGAAAUGAACUUACAUUCCUCGAUCUCACAGUCCAGCAGAUAGAGCAUCUAAACAAAACUUACGACACAGACGUACCAUUAGUCCUGAUGAACUCUUUUAACACAGAUGAGGACACCCAUAAAGUUUUGCCCAAGUACAGGGGACUCAGGAUAAAGAUCUACACUUUCAACCAGAGCAGGUAUCCAAGGUUGAACAAAGAAAGCCUUCUUCCCAUCGGAAGAACUUUAAACAAUCCAGACCCUGAAUCCUGGUAUCCACCUGGUCAUGGUGAUUUCUACGAAGCUUUUUACAACUCUGGCCUUCUGGAGAUGUUCAUUGCCAAUGGGAGAGAAUACUGCUUCAUUUCCAACAUAGACAACCUGGGCGCAACAGUCGACCUCAAAAUUCUGAAUCUUUUAUUGAAUCCAGGCAAAUCCCAAAGUCACGAAUUUGUGAUGGAAGUGACGGACAAGACCAAAGGAGAUGUCAAAGGUGGUACAUUGAUCCAAUACGAAAACAAAAUUCGAUUACUGGAGAUUCCUCAAGUACCGAAAGAACGGGUGGAUGAAUUUAAAAGUGUCAACAAAUUCAAAAUCUUUAACACAAAUAACUUGUGGAUGAAAUUAAAGACAAUAGCCAGUUUAGUCGAGGAACAGAGAUUGAAUAUGGAAAUCAUUGUUAAUCCGAAACAUUUGGACAAUGGAAUAAAUGUUAUCCAACUGGAAACAGCAGCGGGAGCUGCCAUGAAAGAUUUCGAUGGAGCAAUAGGUAUCAAUGUGCCGAGAAGUCGGUUCUUGCCCGUGAAGAAGACCUCCGACCUGUUGCUGGUGAUGAGCAACCUGUACAACAUGAAGAACGGCAGCCUCAUCAUGAGCCCGGAAAGAGCUUUUCCCACCACACCCCUCGUCAAACUAGGAGAUCUACAUUUCCUUAAGGUUCGGGAUUUCCUAUCCCGAUUCGACAGCAUUCCGGACAUGUUGGAACUGGAUCACUUGACGGUCUCGGGUGACGUCACAUUUGGAAGGGGCGUCUCUCUCAAGGGUACCGUGAUCAUCAUCGCCAAUCAUGGGGACAGAAUCGACAUACCGAAUGGCGCAUGCCUGGAAAACAAGAUUGUCUCAGGAAAUCUGCGCAUUCUUAGUCACUAGAUACAUGUUGCCAUUUUGAAAUUCUCAAUAACGAAAUUAACGCAACAUCCAGAUGAUUUAUUUUUGUAAAGAAAACUUUCAUAUUCAUAUUGUUGAUUGUAUUUUCGUCGAAACAGUAAAUAUUCAUUUCCUAACUGGUAGAGAAUGCGCCCGUUUCCAAUAUCGUCUGACGAAUUGCAUUGGAAACUGAACUACAUUUGUGAACCUUAUCGUUUGCCACUAGAUGUAAAGGGAUUAACCUAGAAAUAAAGUGUACGUUUCAGAA